CCCAUCGCCACCACCUCCUCUUCCCCCACAUCCAAACCCAUCCAUCAACCAUCAUCUUCAUGACCCAUCUGAAGCACUUCUUUGCUGCAAUGUCAGAUUCCGGCCGCCCCUUCUCCAUCUCCAAGAGGAAGAAGAAGCUGGCUUUGGUCGCCUUCGCCUCCCUCCUCCUUGUCGCAGCCGUGAUCGGCGUCGUCGCCGGAGUUAACUCUCGCAAGGAGAUCUCCGGCAGCGAGGCCCUCAAGGCCUCCACAAGCCACGCCAUUAUCAAGUCGUCGUGUAGCAGUACUUUCUACCCCGAUUUGUGCUUUUCCGCCAUUGCUAGCCUGCCCGAGGUGAGCAAGAAAGUUAGGAGCAAGAAGGAUGUGAUCGUGGCGUCGCUCAACCUCACCACCACCGCGGUGGAGCACAACUACUUCACCGUGAAGAAGCUCCUCAAGAGAAAGGGGCUGUCGGAGAGGGAGAAGACGGCGCUCCACGACUGUCUGGACAUGAUCGACGAGACGCUGGACGAGCUCCACAAGGCGGAGGAUGAUCUCAACGAAUACCCGAACAAGAAGUCUCUAUCGCAGCACGCCGACGACCUGAAAACCCUGAUGAGCGCCGCGAUUACCAACCAAGAAAGCUGCCUCGACGGCUUCUCCCACGACGAAGACAAGAAGAUCAGGGAAGUGCUUCUGGCCGGCGAAAAGCACGUCGAGAAGAUGUGCAGCAACGCGUUGGCCAUGAUCAAGAACAUGACCGACACGGACAUUGCCAACGAGGCCAAGCUGACGGGGAGGAUGCUGAAGGAGGAGACGCUAGCGUCCGGCGAUGGGUGGCCGGCGUGGUUGUCGGCCGGAGACAGGCGGCUCUUGCAGUCGUCGAGUGUGAAAGCGGAUGCGGUGGUGGCGGCUGACGGAAGCGGCAACUACAAGACCGUGGCGGCGGCGGUGGCGGCGGCCCCGGAGAAGAGUAGCAAGAGAUUCGUGAUUAGGAUUAAGGCGGGUGUUUACAGGGAAAACGUGGAGGUUCCGAAGAAGAAGACGAACAUAAUGUUCGUCGGAGAUGGACGGAAGAACACCAUCAUCACCGGAAGUAGAAAUGUGAAAGACGGCAGCACCACCUUCCACUCCGCCACCGUCGCCGCGGUGGGCCAAGGAUUUCUGGCUCGGGACAUAACCUUCGAGAACACGGCGGGGCCGGAGAAGCACCAGGCUGUAGCGCUCCGGGUCGGCGCCGACCUGUCGGCGUUCUACCAAUGCGACAUGAUAGCUUACCAAGACACCCUCUACGUCCACUCCAACCGCCAGUUCUACAUCAACUGCUUCAUCGCCGGCACCGUCGACUUCAUCUUCGGCAACGCCGCCGCGGUCCUCCAGGACUGCGACAUCCACGCCCGGAAGCCCGGCUCCGGCCAGAAGAACAUGGUCACCGCCCAAGGCCGCACUGACAGAAACCAGAAUACCGGCAUUGUCAUCCAGAAAUGCCGAAUCGACGCCACUUCGGACCUGAAACCGGUAAAGUCCAGCUUCCCGACGUACCUGGGGAGGCCAUGGAAGGAGUAUUCGAGGACGGUGGUCAUGCAGUCAGCCAUCGGCGACGUGAUUAAUCCGGCGGGGUGGCACGAAUGGAAUGGGAACUUUGCUCUCAACACGCUGGAGUACAGAGAGUACUCCAACAGUGGGGCCGGCGCUGGGACGGCCCAGCGGGUGAAGUGGAAGGGGUACAAGGUGAUCACCAGCGAGUCGGAGGCCCUGCAGUACACCCCCAGCAGGUUCAUCGCCGGCGCCAGCUGGCUGAGCUCCACCACUUUUCCGUUCUCUCUUGAAUUGUGAACUUAUUAAAUAACAUUGAUUGAUUAGUGUUUAAGAUCAGUCCAUGGCGGCCGGACAUUAACCUUUAAUUUGUUGUGGGUUGAAGUUUUUAGCUA